CUGCAAACAAGGAGGCUUCCUAAUGAACCUCUGCCUGCCUUUCAGGUAUUGUUGCCUGUCCUCGUCCUAGCACAACACGCGUUGUCCUGCACUUUUCUCAGUGUCCUCCUGUAGUCUUUUCACAGGAAAUAGAGCCCUUUCUGUCCCUGGUCCAUCAUUUCUGGUUUGCCUGCAGGAUCUCUCGACCGCCUUUCAGCCAUGCCACUUUUUGUCGAGAUACUUCGGCAUAUAUUACUAUUUCAGAACACCUUUGAUACUUUCAAAACUCUGAAACUGCCACGGCCCUCGCGGUCCUCACGCAGUAGCGGACUGCCGAGCGCUCGAGCCAUGCAGCAACGGAAACGGGAUAUGAAGGGAUGCCUAGCGGUGUGGAUUGUUUGGUGCUGCUUCAUGACAUAUGAGCGUUUACUCGAGGGAAUUUUCUCGCUAUUUAUUCCUUUCUACGACGAAGUAAAGGCUCUUACUCUUCUGUUUCUGCUGGUUACUCGUGCAAGGGGUGCUGAACCUAUUUACUUGCACGUCAUACGGCCCUUUUUAAAACCGUAUACAGCAUCUGUCGAUGCCCUGUUGGAUCUAGCACGCAUGUUCGGCGACAUUAUGUUUGCUUUGUCUGCUUUUCCGAUUCGGUACAUAUACGCUUGGUGGUGUCACGUACGUUCCUCAACUUUAGGUCAAUAUGUCGGUAUUCUACAGCAGGUCCGUUCCCCAAUGCGUAAAGAGGCUACCAUGAGCCCCUCAUCUAUGCGACGUGCUUCGUCUUCGACGUCCACCUUGCUGAAUGUGGAUGUAUCGUAUGUGACCACCUCACAAGAAGCCCCCACCGCCGGCCCAUCAAGGAUAUUGAAGGAAAGCGUAAGCCAGAGAGUGAAUGCUGGCCCCCUGGCUGACCUUUCUCCGGAGUCGUCCGUCAAACAGUCCGUCGUUUCCGCAACAUCACAUCAAAUCUGGUAUCCUCCACCUUCCUCCUAUAGAGAGUCUGGAGAGGAGAACAUUUCCCCGGAAUCUAUCUCAGAUAUCAAUCGACACGAUGGGUUACCAAAUAUCAUCUCUGAACACACUGUCCAGGAACUCAUGCAGAUGGAAGAAUGGCGACAGUAUCCCGCGUUUCCGUCUGCGUAUCCCGCAACACCACUCCUUCCUACCAAUACUCUUCCAAACAUAUCAGCUGUUAUGUUCUCCGUAAAGGAGAAUGAGGGCGACCGAACACUGCGGCAGCAGGAUUUUGAGCCGUCGCUCUUGAGUUCACGAACGUCUUUGGAACCUAACCUCGUCGAACUCUUGAGCGACAGCACCGAUCAAAACCAGGUUCUUGAUGGCAGUAAUGUGGGUGACUCGCCCAUGUCGGUUGAUGUGCCGAUGGCCGAGGGCGACGAAGACGAAGACGAUUUUGACAUAACACUUGGAACUCCAUUCCUUCCUCCUACGAACACAUUCAGAUUACGUCCGGGCAGGCGCCCUAUACGACCGUUGAUAUUGGAAUCUGAUGGUGAUGUAUCAUCUGGCGCCACUUCCCCCACUGCUUUGAGCACUACGGACAACGGAUCUUCUCUUCACACUCCUUCUUCAGAAGCCUCAUUCGCUGAAUCUCUAUCUCAACAAGGUCCGCUAGUAGCUGGCCGGAAGCGUACACUUCCCCGGAGUUUCUCUCCAGGGAUCCAAAAGAAAACGCGCACCAGAGCGUCCCCCAUAUCUCGCCGCACUGUUCAAAAACGAGAUAUCGUCAUCCAACCUCGGAGACGCGUUGUGCCCGCUAGGCGACGCCAAACGCUCAAACCCGCCCUGAAUUCCGAGUCUGAGCGCGAGCAGUCAGAUGGCAAUUCCGGCCCAGCCUCAGAAAGGGAAGGUAGCGGGAACGGAAGUACGACGCGACCAGAAUUGAAGAGACGAAAGAUUGACGUUCCCUCUGCCAAGAAUACGCGCGGGAGCACUGGUCAGCGGAAAGGCAAAGGCGUGGCACCACCGCAUUCCGGUACUACACGGUCGUCCUCACGAUUGCGGGCUGGCGUUACGUCUAGGACCGACCUUUCAGAUAGUCAUUUGAACUCGGCUUCGCAAGAGACGCUGAGGGGCCGUCGUGCAGCUGCGAAAUGAUGAUGUCGAUACUUGUUACCUUCUUUCAUCCCAUGUAACUAUACCUAUAUACACAAACAGCAUACGGACCGCAACCACAUAAUCAUUUGAACCAUAGCAUGACAUUCACAUCAUUCACUGACGCUAACAAAAUUUCUCAUGUAUUGGAGUUGGGAUAAUAAAUUGUUUCUUACAUAACGGU